AUGACAGAAGUGAUCGAGAUACCGAUGGCGAGGAGCGGCCGCGACUCGAUGAUAGCAAUGUCGUGUUUGUGGUUACUCGCUGCAUCGACAGUCGUUUUCCGUAUCUAUGGGCGUGUAAAAGGACCUGGAUUGUCACUGGAUGACAUCUUUGCGGGUAUCGCAAUGGUUCUGACAACAAGUACAAUCGGUCUCAAUGCUGAAGUCUUUACCAGUGGUGUGGGCUAUGAUUUUGACCCAAAUAACGCAGAAAUGUUUCCCAAGCUUAUGAACAACCUUCCACAUAUCAUGCAGUUGACCUUCGCCUACACUUUGAUAUACAUUUGGUGCUUGGCCGCUCUCAAGCUUUCUCAACUUGCUCUAUACCACCGUGUGUUCGCGCUCCAACUUCGCAUUGCGGUAUACAUCGUUGGAGGUAUCGUAGUAGCCUGGGCCAUCAUCUUCAACUUCGUCUUCUUGUUCCUAUGCGACCCCAUUUCCCAGCAAUGGACUGUAAAACGAGUUGGACACUGCUUGGACCAGAUACUUUUGCUCAAGUUUCUGAUUAUAACAAACAUGAUAACAGAUCUCAUGAUUGUAGCUCUACCAAUCCGGGCUGUUUGGCAGCUGCAGAUGCGAAAGACUGAGAAGUUUGCUGUAUUGGCUUGUUUUGGGCUGGGGUUGGCUUGCGUAUUCAUCGGAAUUGCUCGCUUUGUGCUCAUUUACACAAUCGAUCUCAUUGGCAACCUCACGGGAACUUCAGGCACUACAUUCAUGUUAUGCACUGUCGAGUUGAUGCUGGCUAGUCUGUGUAUCAAUAUUCCCACGCUACGGCCCUUCUAUCUGCGAUGGCGCUCACAUUACAAGAGCUCCUCGAUGAGCAGUAGUGGUCUCAAGAGUGGGCCUAAGAGAUCAACCACUGGAGGGCUGGGUGGGUCGCAACAACAGCGACCGGGCCACUAUACACAGUGGAUGGAGCUGCAUGACAAGGAUACCGUCAAUGCCACCGUCACCGGCGAUGAUGCGAGUUCAGAGAGGAAGCUCACGGCAGAUCCCAUGCCGUUUGACGCCAUCAAGGUGUCCAAAGACUUUACCAUUACGCGGGAUUGAACAAGGAUUCGCCUCAAGAUUCCCGGCACAGAUGAAAGCAAGAUUAUUGUCAUCACAUCUUAAAAUCCAAGCCUCUGCAAUCGCCUUUCUCAUCAUUAUACCCACAUCGUCCGCCUAUGAGAAAAUAUACCCAGCACACCGGGCUGCCAGUUUUUCUGCAGCUUUGGAGUGAUGCAGACACAGGGAACGAGCCCCGUCCAAAAAGAAGAAGAAGAAUAGUGCAAGUUUUGGCCACGGCAGACGCAACUUGUCAAGAUGAAGUAGAAGAUAAUACGC